CUUUACAACAGCACGCCCGACAUCCAACAAAGAAGACGGAGAGUUUCCGGUUGCUGUGACGUCGAAAAAAUGUUCGCAUUUUAACAUAAGCUGAUCAAAUUAACAGGUCGAUUGAUCGCUCUGUAAUGCUACUCAUAUGACAUGGCUGUAGCAAUGAGCUCGACCUGUCCUGGGCUGUACUGUGGAAGAACCAUCAUAAACGAGUCCAUUGAAGGAGAGUGUGGGGUUUGCCCUCGUGGCCAGAGGACAAACAUCCAGAAGAUUUGCGAGAAAUGCACCGGAUCUCCUGAGCUCUAUGAUUGGCUGUACUUGGGUUUCAUGGCCAUGCUGCCUCUAGUCCUUCACUGGUUCUUUAUUGAGUGGUAUUCGGGGAAGAAAAGUUCCAGUGCACUCUUCCAGCAUAUCACUGCCCUGUUUGAAUGCACGGCUGCUGCUGUAGUGACUCUGCUGCUCAGCGAUCCUGUUGGCCUGCUAUCCAUUCGCUCCUGUAAGGUUAAGAUGCUUUCUGAUUGGUACACCAUGCUGUACAACCCCAGCCCUGACUAUGUGACCACACUGCACUGCACGCAGGAGGCCGUGUUCCCUCUGUACACCAUUGUGUUGAUCUACUACGCCUUCUGUCUGGUCUUUAUGAUGAUGCUGCGGCCUCUGCUGGUUAAAAAGAUUGCGUGUGGUUUAGGCAAGACAGAUCGUUUCAAAAGCAUCUACGCAGCGCUCUAUUUCUUCCCUAUUCUGACUGUCCUCCAGGCUGUUGGGGGAGGUCUUCUAUAUUAUGCAUUCCCUUUUAUAAUUUUGGUCUUAUCUUUGGUCACCUUGGCCGUUUACAUGUCCGCUUCGGAGAUACAGUCUUUCAAAAACCUCGUCGCUAAGAAGAAAAGGCUUGUGGUUCUCUUCAGCCAUUGGCUUCUGCAUGCCUAUGGUAUCAUCUCCAUUUCCCGACUGGAUAAACUGGAGCAAGAUUUGCCUCUGUUGGCUCUUGUGCCCGGACCUGCCUUAUUCUACUUACUGACAGCAAGGUUCACAGAGCCAAACAGAAUUCUAUCUGAGGGUGGAAAUGGACACUGAUGUCAUAUCCUAUUUAGGAGGCUGACCUCUACAAUGUUACAAAAUGUUCCAUCUUCACGGGAACUUGCACGAAAGUUCGGCAUCCAAUGACAGCGCAUAGACUUGUAAUUUAAUAAGACCUUUGGCACGGACACCAAGAGCCAUAAAUGAAACAUUUUGUCAUUGCUCACAAAAUAUUAUGUAGCCAUGAAAUUUGUGUUGUGUAUGCUGCUCUUACAUUAUGAAUAAGGAUGCUUUAUUGUUCUUAAAAUAAAACAAACUACAGAGA